AUGGCUGGCGAGGACACCGACCCCAAGUCCGGCGCUUCUGCUGCUGCUGUCCCGACUCACUUCUCUCUCACUUUGGUGGGAAGGUUGAUGGAUCUGAGUGAUUUGGAAUGCACUUCAGUGGUUUCAGUUGUCAGAGCAAUGACUUCCAAGACAAUGCCCCAAACCAUCCCAACAAUCCCCAACACUGAAGAAAAGAAGCAGUGUUCUCAGAAUGAUUCCUCUCUGGAUCUCACCAGUUCGAGUAAACCCAGUACAGGCUUGCCAAGAAAAUUGCCCGAAUCGGCUAUCCCGAGCAGUCCAAACAAAGAAGUCCAGUCCAAUGACCAGAAACCAUCUCACAAGCUACAUGAGUCCGUUGAUGUUACAUCCAGCAAGGUUCCUGCAGAUGAUGAGAAGGAUACAGUGGAAAAUGGAAACACAGAUGGAAACGUGAAAUCAGACUCGACGGUAGAUAAGGAUCAUGGUGCAGCUAGUGCAAGUGGAAGUGCCAGGUUGACAGGAAGGUCUGAGACUGGAGAAAGAGGUAUUAGUAGCCGAUGCAGGCCGAGCACAGGCAGUGAUGUCAGCGAGGAAAGCGCGUGCAGCAGUUUUAGUAGCACCAGCAAGCCUCACAAGGCAAAUGAUUCACGGUGGGAGGCAAUCCAGAUGAUCAGGACUAGAGAUGGGAUUCUUGGCCUCAGCCAUUUUAAGCUAUUGAAGAAGCUAGGUUGUGGUGACAUCGGCAGUGUGUAUCUUUCAGAGUUGACUGGAACCAAGAGCUAUUUUGCAAUGAAGGUUAUGGACAAGGCAUCACUCACAGGCCGUAAGAAGUUGCUUCGAGCCCAGACUGAGAAGGAAAUCUUACAGUGCUUGGAUCAUCCUUUUCUUCCAACACUGUACACACACUUUGAGACUGACAAGUUCUCAUGUCUGGUUAUGGAGUUUUGCCCUGGGGGAGACUUGCAUACACUUCGACAGAAACAGCGUGGCAAGUAUUUUCCAGAACAAGCUGUCAAAUUCUAUGUAGCAGAAAUCCUCCUUGCUAUGGAGUACUUGCACAUGCUCGGUAUCAUAUAUCGUGAUCUGAAGCCUGAAAACAUUCUUGUCCGUGAUGACGGGCACAUCAUGCUAUCCGACUUCGACCUCUCCCUUCGCUGUACACCAUCGUGCACAGCUCCCACAACAUGCUUUGGCCCUCGGUUCUUCUCGAAGUCGAAGAAAGAUCGAAAGCCAAAGCCUGAAGUUGUCAACCAGGUCCGUCCAUGGCCCGAGCUCAUGGCAGAACCUAGUGAUGCGCGAUCAAUGUCAUUUGUUGGCACACAUGAGUAUUUGGCCCCUGAGAUUAUCAAAGGUGAGGGCCACGGCAGUGCUGUUGACUGGUGGACCUUUGGUAUAUUCUUAUACGAGCUUCUGUUCGGCAAAACACCUUUCAAAGGUUCAGGUAACCGAGCGACUCUGUUCAAUGUCAUCGGUCAGCCGUUGCGUUUCCCAGAAUACCCAUUUGUGAGCUUCUCAGCAAGAGAUUUAAUAAGGGGCCUACUUGUUAAGGAGCCCCAACAACGAUUGGGUUGUAAGCGUGGCGCCACCGAGAUAAAACAGCAUCCAUUUUUUGAGGGUGUGAAUUGGGCGUUGAUACGCUGUGCGAGCCCUCCAGAGGUUCCGAAGCCUGUUGAGAUUGAGAGGCAGACUACAAAGCUGCCAGUGUCAACAUCUGAGGCUAGUGCAGCACCUACUGGUGCAUCCCAGAAAGGCUCGGAUAACUAUUUAGAGUUUGAUUUCUUUUAG